CCCCAAAGCCACACUCCAAGUCCCCAAGCCGCCAUGAAGUUCUCGACCGUGUUCACCUCCGCCCUCAUUGCUGCCGUCUGCCUGUUCCAGUCGAUGGCCGCCGAGGAGCAGGCCUCCGUCCACCUCCGCGUGCACAACGUCGAGCAGGACAACAACGGCGCGAUCUGCUACAAGGCCUGCCCCUCGGGCCAGUACUGCCCGCGCGGUGAGACCGCCUGCCGUGCCCCCACGAACGGCCAGUGCUUCAACCCGGCCACGAGCCUCUUCAUCAACGGCUGCGACUCCGGCUUCAAGUGCAGCGAGGGCAAGUGCGUCUACGCCUAAGCGAGAUCAAGCCAAGCCACGCAAGCCUGCAAGGCUUCCAGACUGUGCACUAGUCUCCUCAAUAUAAUGCCAUUUUUCAUCAUCU